UUCGUUCUUGUAGGCUUCUCCCGCCUGGCCCACGUCCAGGGCUUGCUCUUCUCUCUCUUUCUCACGGUCUACCUGCUCACCGUCACAGGCAACCUCCUCAUUGUGGCGCUGGUCUCAGCGGACCCUGCACUCCAGUCCCCCAUGUACUUCUUCCUCCGAAUCCUCUCRGCCCUGGAGAUUGGGUACACGUCGGUCACGGUGCCCCUGCUGCUUCACCACCUCCUCACUGGUCAGCGCCACAUCCCCCGCUGGGGCUGUGCCCUCCAGAUGUUCUUUUUCCUCUUUUUUGGUGCCACCGAGUGUUGCCUCCUGGCGGCCAUGGCCUAUGACCGCUACGCAGCCAUCUGCGAGCCCCUCCGCUACCCUCUGCUGCUGAGCCGCCGGGUGUGUCUGCAGCUCGCAGGCUCAGCUUGGGCCUGCGGAGCCAUGGUGGGGCUGGGCCACACCUCCUUCAUCUUCUCCUUGCCCUUCUGUGGCCCCAACGCCAUCCCUCACUUCUUUUGUGAGAUCCAGCCUGUCCUGCAGCUGGUGUGUGGAGACACCUCACUCAAUGAAUUGCAGAUUAUCCUGGCUGCUGCCCUCAUCAUCCUCUGCCCCUUUGGCCUCAUCUUGAGCUCCUAUGGGCGUAUCCUGGCUACUAUCUUCAGGAUCCCAUCUGCAGCUGGACGCCACAAGGCCUUCUCCACUUGUUCCUCCCACCUGAUCGUGGUCUCCCUCUUCUACGGCACUGCCAUCUUUAUCUAUAUUCGCCCUAAGGCCAGCUAUGAUCCAGCCACUGACCCUCUGCUGUCUCUCUUCUAUGCUGUGAUCACCCCUAUCCUCAACCCCAUCAUCUAUAGCCUCAGGAACAGUGAUGUCAAGGCUGCCCUAAAGAGAACCAUCCAGAAAAUGGGGCCUGCAGAGGUUUGACAAGGAGAACCACAAUG